AUGUUCUCUGCGACGGCCCACCUGUGUACGGUGGCGUCCCUGCUGGGAGCAGCCAGAGUGGCCACCGCGCAAAGCACCGUUGUCGACAACUUGCAGUUUGUCGACCCCCUCGUCGGAGCCAGCAACGGUGGUAAUGUCUUUCCAGGCGCCUCGCUGCCUUACGGCAUGGCAAAGGCCGUCAGUGACACCAACAGUGGCAGUAACCAGGGUGGCUUCACCCUUGAUGGCAGCAAUGUCACAGGAUUCAGUGUACUCCACGAUUCGGGAACAGGGGGGAGCCCAUCGCUUGGCAAUUUUGCACUGUUUCCUUUCGCCAGCUGCCCCGGCGGAGACGUCAACAACUGCGUCUUUCCAAAAAAGGCGCGCGCGCGGUUUGGAGCCUUUAGCAACGAUAGCGUAGUGGCUGAGCCCGGGUACUUCAGCAUUACCCUCGACUCGGCGAUCCAGGCAGAGAUGACCACGACCCAGCACACCUCCAUUUUCAAAUUCUCCUUUCCGGACUCAGCGGGCAACGACAGCCACCCCCUGAUUCUCCAGGACCUGACGGAUUUGCAGGACAGUCGCCAGGACAACGCAACUGUGGCUGUUGACGCGGCGACGGGACGCAUCACUGGAAAUGCGAGGUUUGCUCCCAGUUUUGGCGUGGGCAACUACGUGCUACACUUCUGUACAGACUUCUCCGGAGCUGCCAUCUUCGAUAACGGCAUCUACUCAAACAGCCGCGCGAGUGCUGACGUCAAGGAGUUCAAGAUCUCGCGAUCUAUCAACGGUUAUCCUCUGCCCGGUGGCGCUUUCGUGCGUUUCGCCAGUGGAGAUGGCCCAAUUUACGCCCGCACCGCAACAAGCUUCAUCAGUGUCGACCAGGCGUGUGCUCAAGCCGAGUCCGAGAUUCCGGACUUUGAUUUCGACGGCGUCCGGAACGCUGCAAGAAGUGCGUGGAGGGAGAAGUUGAGCUACAUUUCUGUCGACGUAGAGGGAGUGGAUCCUUCCUUUGCGACCAACUUUUUCAGCGGGUACUACCGUACAAUGAUCAAUCCGCAGAAUUACACUGGCGAGAACCCGCUCUGGUCGAGUAGCGAGCCCUACUUCGACUCUUUUUACUGUCUUUGGGAUUCUUUCAGAUCGCAGAUUCCUUUCUUGACUGUGGUAGAUCCGGAAGCCGUGGAGGACAUGAUUAGGUCUCUAAUCGAUACUUACGCCCAUCUUGGCUGGCUACCAGAUUGCCGCAUGAGUCUCAGUAAAGGCUACACGCAGGGUGGGUCAAAUGCGGAUGUUGUGCUCGUCGAUGGGUACUUGAAGGGUCUUUCCAACAAUAUCGAUUGGAAUCUUGGAUACGAAGCAGUGGUUAAAGACGCCGAAGUCGAACCUUACGACUGGUGUUGCAACGGACGCGGUGGCCUUGACAGCUGGAAAGCUCUUGGUUAUAUUCCGGUGCAGGACUUUGACUACAAGGGCUUCGGGACAAUGACUCGUAGUGUCUCUAGGACCCUCGAGUACAGUUACAAUGACUUUUGCAUCUCCGAGCUGGCUGCUGCUCUGAACAACACAGCUGACCAGGAGAAAUAUGUCGAAUCCAGCGGGAAUUGGCAGAACAUUUACCGAGCUGAUCAGACGUCCUUCAUCAACACGUCGACUGGGCCGGUGGACACAGGUUUUGUCGGCUUCUUCCAGCCUAAAUUCCUGAAUCAGACGUGGGAAGUCCAGGAUCCCCUGACGUGCAGCAACAUCGACAGCUCAGGCAUUGCUUGCUCACUUCAGAAUUCCGGCAGGGAGACAUUUGAGAGCAGUCUGUGGGAAUAUGGCUUUUUUGUUCCCCACGACCAAGCAACACUCAUCACGCUGUACGGCGGGCCCGAAGGCUUUGUACGGCGCCUGGACUACCUCCACGACCAAAAUAUCACCUACAUAGGAAACGAGCCUGCGUUCCUCACCGUGUUCCAAUACCACUACGCCGGUCGCCCUGCGCUCUCUGCGAAGCGCUCCCAUUUCUACAUCCCGUCUUUCUUCAGCCCAACACCCGCUGGCCUCCCAGGAAACGACGACUCCGGUGCUAUGGGAAGCUUCCUGGCCUUUAGCAUGAUAGGACUGUUUCCAAACCCAGGUCAGGACGUAUAUCUCAUUAUACCGCCCUACUUCGCCAGUGUGAACAUCACGCACCCGGUCACUGGUAAGACUGCUACCGUUCGCAACGUCAACUUCGACCCAACGUAUGAGGCCAUUUUCAUUCAGUCCGCUACGCUAAACGGUGUGCCAUACACCAAGAGUUGGGUAGAUCACAGCUUCUUCACAGAGGGCAAGGAGCUAGUUCUCACUCUGGGACGAAAUGAAAGCAGCACUUGGGGCAGGGGUGUAAAUGACUUGCCGCCAAGUCUCGGGGAGUACACGGGUUUCAACAGCUCAUAUGCUGGGAAUAGCAGAGGCCCGAGAAGAUUAGCAGGAAACUACUGGCCUGAGUUUGUGGGCUCCAAUAGGGUCUAG